GCCUGAUUUCUUCAUCCAGCUUCCCUCAUUUCAGGUCAAAGUCUACUGCUCAUAAACUGUGACAGAGAUAUGUAGAUUAGCAAUUAUAAAAAAUACACAUGUGCAGUGCAGUCUAGCUGCCUCCUGGUAAUUCUGAUAGAUUUAAGAAAGUAAAAAGUACUCAGGAUAGACAGAAUUUAAUAAGAUCUCAAAGGAACUGCAUUCCAUCUUAAAAGUAUGCACUGUUGGGAAAAGCUGAAGUCCUUAGGCUGGAUUUAUCCAACUGCAAUCCUGUCGCUCUACGGGUUUUUUGCCAACUGCAGAGUUGCAGAGCCCUUCCUCACACCAUACCUCAUUGGACCGCACAAAAACCUUUCUGAAGAAGUGGUGACAAACUACCUUUUUCCCAUCUGGACGUACUCUUAUCUUGCCAUCCUGUUCCCCGUCUUCCUGCUGACGGACUUCCUGAGGUACAAGCCCCUCAUUGUUCUACAGGGACUCUUCCUGGUCACCAACUAUAUCCUGCUGUGUUUUGUCCCUGGACUGCCUGCUAUGAUCUUCCUUCAGGUCAACUAUGCUAUAGUGACAUCCACAGAGGUGGCUUACUUGUCCUACAUUUACAGUAUGAUUCCUAUUGAGAUGUAUCAAAGGGCUACUAGUUACCUGCGCAGCGCCAUGCUAGUUGGAUACACAUUUGGCACUGCUCUAGGUCAAGCACUCAUCUCCUUGGCAGGAAUGGACUACUUCUACAUCAAUGCAAUCACUCUGGGAAUUGUAAGCAUGGCUUUUCUUGUCUCCUUCUGGUUACCCAUGCCACAGAGGAGCAUGUUCUUCAAAGGUGGAACAUCUACAAGAGUAGAUUCACAGGAUAAUAAUCAGGCCGGUGCAGAGCCUGAUAAGACGACGUGUAGUGUCUGUGCAGGCUGGUGCAGCAGAGAAAACAUCAUCAGUGCUGUGCAUCUACUCUGGGAAAGCUUCAAGCAGUCAUACUCUUCCAGGCAUUUAAUCUACUGGUCUCUGUGGUGGGCUCUGGCAGCAGCUGGCUAUGGGCAGAUCUUCAACUAUAUCCAGCUGAUGUGGGACCAUAUCAAACCAUCUGCCACAUCCUCGGUCUAUAAUGGAGGGGUAGAAGCUGUCUGCGCUCUCGUAGGUGCUGCAGCGGCCUUCUCUGUGGGUCACAUCAAGGUGACCUGGACUGUGUGGGGUGAGCUGGCUUUAGGCCUGUUCUCAGCCAUAGGAGCAGGUGCUGUGUUUCUGAUGGGGCUCACCAGCAGUAUCUGGGCAUGCUAUGCUGGAUACGUCAUCUUCAAAUCCUCCUACAUGUUCCUCAUCACUAUCACAACAUUUCAGAUUGCAGCCAAUAUGUCCAUGGAAUGCUACGCUUUGACAUUUGGGAUCAACACUUUUGUAGCACUGUCACUGCAGACUAUGAUAACAGUCAUUGUGGUCGAUGAAGCUGCAUUGGGCCUGGACAUUGUGACACAGUUUAUCAUGUACGGGAGCUACUAUGGAGUCAUCUCGGUGCUCUUUCUGAUUCGAGGAUCAUACACCGCCUGCGUAAAUCGUGCAGGAGCCAAGCAACAGGAGCGUGAGCCUGGUGUGGACAUGAUCUUUGAGGAGCAUUUCUGAGCAACACAUA